AUGCAUGGUGCACUAGAGUAUUUCGCUCCCCGAGAAAAUACCCUAGGUACGUGGUUGUAUAUGUUGAUGCUUUACAAUACAGGUUACGUGCCAGAAGAAUUUCCACAGCCAGAUAUUGUUGGAUUUGAGCUCCAUCCUGAUGAGACCAUUAAUUUACCAUCCAUGUACCCUGAAGACAAUGAUCAACACAAAGAUGAAAUGACAGUUAAUCAUUCAACAAUCAAGAGCAGCAUUGCAACUGAAAACACAUCAAUACCAUUUGGUAAUUACUGGUAUAUUAACCGUGUAUAUAUAUAUAUAUAUAUAUAUAUAUAUAUAUAUAUAUAUAUAUAUAUAUAUAUAUAUAUAUAUAUAUAUAUAUAUAUGCGUUUUGUACGAUUUUUUGAAACAAAUUUGUUGUGAAUAAAUGUUUUAAACGAAGUAACUCAAGCUUGUCUUUUAUAUAUAUAUAUAUAUAUAUAUAUAUAUAUAUAUAUAUAUAUAUAUAUAUAUAUAUAUAUAUAUAUAUAUAUAUAUAUAUAUAUAUAUAUAUACGAGUAGGUUUGUGUAUACGAAACGCAAAGAGUGCUCAAUAUCAUAAAGAUAGAGCAAAUGUAGAAUUUCGCUUACCUCAAAAUUCCGCAACAGUCUGUUUCAUCAUGAUUCUUUACUGAUGAAACAGACUGUUGCGGAAUUUUGAGGUAAGCGAAAUUCUAUAUAUAUAUAUAUAUAUAUAUAUAUAUAUAUAUAUAUAUAUAUAUAUAUAUAUAUAUAUAUAUAUAUAUAUAUAUAUAUAUAUAUAUAUAUAUAUAUAUAUAUAUAUAUAUAUAUAUAUAUAUAUAUAUAUAUAUAUAUAGAUUAACACACCUUAUAGAAUGAUAAUACUUACAUUAACAGUAUAUAACCAGUUGUGCAAAAUCACAAAAGAAUGAUAAAUAAAUAAACACAAAGAAUAUAAAAUAAACACAAAAUAGAAACAAGCUAACAAAUUACCUGUUAUUUUUGACAUUGUAGAUAGCACAGGCUGUUCAAGAUCCUACAACAUGUAUAGUACAGUUGUAUCAGAUCCUACAACAUUGGAGAAAACCAUUAAUUUAAUUAAUAUUACUGGUACGUACUGUUCAAAACUGUUCAAUACUUUGGGUCUGUUUAUAUAAUCCUGCCUAGACAGGACGUUGCCAUUGUGAUGUAGCCAUUUAAGUGCCUGACAUCAUGUUUUUGUUGCAAUAAAGGCAACAUGCAUGUUCAAAAGGGAAAAGUUCAUCCCACCUAGUCGGGAUGAAGUGUUUAUAUGGGAGUUUUUCAUCUCGGCUAGGCGGCCGGGAUGAAGUGUUUAUUUUUCAUCUCGUUGAGGCGGCAUCUGUUGCCAAGAUCCCGUCUAGGCAGGAUAUAUGGCAGGAUCAUAUAAACACUCUUUAAAAUUUGUAUUACGAGCAGGAUCUCGGUAAGCAUCCAGUCCCGCCUGAUGGGAAUCAUAUAAUCAGGCCCCCUUAUUAAUUAGUACUGGUAAAAUCUUGUCCAGUGCUUUACUUGUACACUUAUACACAAUGACUGUAUAGUCAUGAGUUAUUGAUAUAUUCACAGCACACAGUUGUGCUGCAUUCUCAGAAAAAUAUAAAUACAUAUAUGUCUUAGAUUAUCAACUCACAUGUACAUUAAUUUGUUACAGGUAGCACAAGCUGUUCAAGAGUUGCAGUUGUUACAAAUCCUGGAACCGCAAUGCCAAAUUCUGGUACAAUGGGUAAUGACACAUGUGUGACAAAGUUAGGAAAAGGAAUUGAGUUUGUUCUUGGGAAGUCAGCUGAAGUUUUAAAAUUUGACAAAGCACGGCAGAAACAUAAGCAGUCACCUUCUGAUAAGUUCAUUCUUGACAAGUUUAUGAAAAGGGUGGCUGUUAUGGAGGUCAAAAUUUCAAAGCAAGAACACCUACUCCGUGCAGAACUUGGUCAAUGGGAAAAAGACUUUUACCUGAAAAACAACAAAGUUGCUACUCAAGAAGACAAAACAGCAUGUCUUCAUGCAAAAGCUCUUAGGAACAAGCUAAAAUAUGCUAAAGCUAUCCUGAUGAAAGUAAGGAACAAAAAAUAG